AUGGACGGAGCGUCGGGAAGGCCGAGUCUCAAGGAGCGACUGGGAUUGAAGAGGCUGACGCUGACCUGUUGCAGUCCGACGUUGGGACAUGGCGGCACCACCACCGAUGAUGAUCCUCCUCCACUGUGCCCGGAUCAAAGUGAAGUCGUCGAAAAUCCAACCCCGAUUCCGCCCAGUGUGACUCUAGUGGAGGCAAUGGCCGCGGAGAGGCAGUGGAGGGCGUCUCGAGAAUGUGAGAUGGGUGUGAGGCCGGUGUCGUUGGAGAGAGUAUUGCAGGAGAGUGAUAGAGAUAUUCAUAUAGAGGAAGAGAGUUUGGGAAGUGCGUUGAUACCGUGUGGCCACACUUUUUGCAGGGAGUGUUCGAGGGACUUGUGGUUUAACAGAAGUUUUUGCCCUCUAUGCAACCGUUUUAUUGAUAAUAUCCUCGACUUAUACUAA